UGGACGCUGGGGCGCUCCAUGUCGUUGCGUCACUUGGUGUGGACGCUGGUCCGCUCAGAGCUGGGAGAGUCGGAUGAGCAGCAGCUGCACCAGACCUUUCUGCAGAUUUUUCAGCAGCUGAGUUCUUCUGGCCGAGGCACAGUUCUUCGUGCUGAAGAUCUCAUCGUCCAGCAUUUGCAAGGACUUGGGCGGCAGCGCGGCCAAGACAGGCAUCUUCGGUUCCAAAGUUUGAGAACUCGGCUGCAUCAUCCCGCUGCGAGGUCGGUCCUGGCGCUGCUGUUUCAUCUGCGAGCUGAUGGAGGCGAUACUGACAGGAUUCCAUUUCUUGAUCCUUUUCAGCUGCAAGACGCGGCCGAAGUGAAAUCAAGGUCAAACCUUCGCGGUGAGGUGAAGGUCAGUGGAUGGCAGCUUGGGGCACGGCCUCCCAAAGAAAUGCCGGAGGCGAAGCUCGUUAGAGAUUUGCUAUUUGCUCUGCAGGGAGUUAGCAGCGACUGCUUCGAUUCCAACUGCGAGAUUGAUCCUGCCGUGGUGCUCACAAGGCCUACGUGGUUUCUUUGCCAACGGAUUUUGGAACUUGCCAAGCUCCACUUGCGAUUAUCCAACGAUGCCAAGGACACGGCUUCAUCGUGUCGAAUGCGUCAAGCGCUUUGCGAAGCCUUGCGGAAACAGCUUCAGGGCUACUACGAAGUGCUCGCCCAGUUGAUGUCCUCUGAAGGUCUGACCUUACGCCACCUCUGGGCUCAGCUUUUGGCACCGCAAAGCCGUUUGCGCUUUCUAUCACAGCUUUGUGAAGGUAGUCGAGGCGUUUUUGGCUGCGCCAUCGCGUCGAUGGUUUGGGCCUUUGGUGCCUCCGGGGACCAGGUGGCACAGCACUUGGCCAAGGAGAUCCUGCGCUCUGUUGUGAAACCGCUUUGGUCAAUGAUCCGGGCGUGGAUGACAGAAGGGGAACUGCAGGAUCCAUAUGGAGAAUUUUUUGUAGUGGCAGAUGCAUCAGUACCUUUGGAAGACCUGUGGAAUCGCAUGUAUUCCCUGGAGCUGGAAAUGGUGCCAAGUUUCAUCUCGCUAGAACUCGCACGAAAGAUUCUCCUGACAGGAAAAUCUGUGAAUUUCAUUCGACUUUGUUGCCCUGGUCGGAGUUGGUCUCCUUCAGGUGCAGAUGUUCCUAUCGCAGAAGAGGAGGAGAUCGGCGCUUUCGACUUGGCCAGCCGGGUUGAGCGGGCUGCGCUGCAAAACAACGAACACCUUGUGAAGCUCAUGAUGGAUCACUAUGCCCUUGGUGAGCAUGCCCUUGCUCUCAGGCGUUUCCUGCUGCUUGGCCAGGGGGACUUUGUGGAAAGUCUGAUGGAUGCAUUGCAUGAGGAGCUUGAUUUGGAGGCAAGCAAGCUCCACAAGCACCAACUGAUGGGCAUUCUGGAAAUGGCCUUGCGCCAGAGCAACGCCCAGUUUUGUUCCGCGGAUGUCUUGGGGCGACUCAGCGUGAAGCUGCGCAGUUCCGAGCGCGGCGACAUCGGUGGCGUCGGUUGGGACGUCUUCCUAUUGGACUACGCCAUCGAUUCACCGCUGCACGUGGUGUUUACUCCAGCAGUCAUGCAGAAGUAUGAUCGUGCCUUCUCUUUCUUGUGGAAACUCAGGCGGGUUUCUCACGGUCUUGCGGCCAGCUGGAAUCAGCACAUGGUCUUGCAGCGACAUUUGGUGUGCAGCAGAGAUAGCCUGCAUUGGUCUCCAGAGCUCAAGUUGGAAGUGAAGCAAACGCUGCAUCGUUGCACGUGUUUGCGCAACGAGAUGCACCACUUUGUGCAGAAUGUGCAGGCAUAUGUCUUGGAGGUCUUGGAUACUUCCUGGGCAAAGCUCCAAAGUGGCUGGCAGAAGAGCACCGAUCUGGACCAGGUGAUUUCGCAGCAUGACCGGUAUUUGGCUUGUGUGGAAGAGGGCGCAUUCUUGGCAAGAGGAAGCGAGGCCAUCCUUUCGGGCGUCACGACUCUGUUGGGUUUGGCCUUGGAGUUUUGCUCGCUGCAGGAACAGGCAUGUGCAUCUUCAUUUGAAGCAGCGGAAGCGAUGCAAGAAGCAGAGGAUGUCGCAAGUGUUUUUCAGGCAGUAAGAAGUCGGCCGUUUGCUCGAUCACUGGCUGAAUGCCGAGCACAGCUCGAUCACUUGGCAUCGACCUUUACGAUGAAACUUCAGCUGUUCCUCAGAGCUUUGGAGGACCAACCCGAGAGACACAGUGAGAUCAGCAUCCUGAGCUUCCUCCUGUGUCGUUUGGACUUCAAUGCCUACUACGAGCAAAAAAACAAGAGAUGGGCCGAGGGAUUUGAAGGAGGUCUCACCACCGACACCGGUUUUAUGGAUGGGCGCCGCCAAUUCCGGAAGGUGCGCCACCGCCGCCACCAAGCGGAGCCCCAAGCGCGCCAAUCAAUUUGGUGCUGCCCUCAGCAACAUGCGAGAAAGGCCGACGGCCUUGCAGGUGUGUUAUCGGGUCCCCAAGGUGAAUUGAUAGGGAAAGGCCUACAGCUCCUGGCAGCCAAAGGGGUCUUGCCAGGUUUGCUUGGCAAGGGAGGUGCACAGCCAGGCCUUGGUGCUGGAAAGAGUCCGCAGGGAGGGCUUGGUUUUGGUGGCCCACCAAUGCCUUGUCCAAACGCAGGUGCCACUCCUCUUCCUGCCAUUGCUCAGAGGUCGGGGUCAAACUCUUUCGAUCCAUUUCUCACAGAGGUCCAAGGCUUCAUGGAAAGAUGGGACUUGGAAACACGGUUCGAGCCAAAGCUGGUCGGAGUCCAAUGGACAAAUGCUGUAUCCCAGCAUGACACGCAAAGUAUCCCAGCUGGGAUGGCUUAGUCUGACAUGUGCUUUAUUCGUGCAACACGGCAUGCGCUAUUUGUGCCUCAUCUAGAAAAUCAGAUCUCGGUUUUGUAUGUCUUUGCUUUUCUGUCGCUUCCUAUCCCUCCCCUUGUCGCGUUCUGAGUCAAUUUCUCCAAGAUGUGAUCAAUUUCUCCAAAUAUUGAUGAAAU